CUGAGCUUUCUCCGUUGGAUUUUUCAUCUUGGAUACAUGCCCUUUGUGAUAUACAUGGGGAUGACGAACGAGGGCUUCCCACUGGAACAACCUAUCUCUCUUAUGAGUGUACUUCUCCCUUUCGCAGUUCCUCAAUAA